CCUCCACAAUGGCUCUCCCUGACGUCGAAAACACCCCCGCCGCCGGCAUCCCCUACUUUACACCAGCACAGAACCCUCCUGCUGGAACAGCUGCCAACCCGCAAACCAGCGGCAAUGCCGUCCCCAAGCUGUACACACCUCUGACGGUGCGUGGGGUGACCUUCCACAACAGACUUGGCCUCGCGCCGCUCUGCCAGUACUCCGCAGAAGACGGCCACAUGACAGACUACCACAUCGCGCACUUGGGAGGUAUUGCCCAGCGCGGCCCCGGUCUCAUGAUGAUCGAGGCAACCUCCGUCUCACCUGAAGGCAGAAUCACGCCGCAGGACGUCGGUUUAUGGAAGGACUCGCAGAUUGCGCCCAUGAAGCGCGUCAUCGACUUCGUGCACUCGCAGUCCCAGAAGAUUGGCGUGCAGAUUGCCCACGCCGGCCGCAAGGCUUCGAACAUCGCCCCCUGGCUCAUGAACAAGGGCAUCGUCGCGACGGAGAAGGUCGGUGGCUGGCCGGAUCGUGUGAUCGGCCCGUCCACCGUGCCCUUCCACGAGACUUUCCCCACCCCCAAGGCCAUGACCAAGGACGACAUCGAGCAGUUCAAGCGCGACUGGUUUGAUGCGUGCAAGCGGGCCAUUGCCGCUGGCGCGGACUUCAUCGAGAUCCACAAUGCCCACGGGUAUCUUCUCUCGUCUUUCCUAUCACCGUCUUCCAACACGCGCACCGACGAGUACGGCGGCUCCUUUGAGAACCGCAUCCGGCUCUCUCUCGAAAUCGCCCAGGUCACCCGUGACGCCGUCGGCCCCAACGUUCCUGUUUUUCUCCGUGUCUCCGCGACGGACUGGAUCGAGGAGACCCUCCCCGAGGAAUCGUGGAAGCUCUCUGACUCCGUCCGCUUCGCCGAAGCCCUCGCUGCCCAGGGCGCUAUUGACCUGAUCGACGUCUCUUCCGGCGGUGUCCACGCCGCGCAGAAGAUCAAGUCCGGGCCGGCUUUCCAGGCUCCCUUCGCUGUGGCUAUCAAGAAGGCCGUUGGCGAUAAGCUCCUUGUUGCGACGGUGGGCACGAUCACGAACGGUAAGCAGGCGAACAAGCUGCUUGAGGAGGAGGGAUUGGAUGUUGCGCUUGUGGGACGUGGUUUCCAGAAGGAUCCCGGUCUGGCGUGGACUUUCGCGCAGCAUCUUGAUGUUGAGAUUGCGAUGGCGAGUCAGAUUCGGUGGGGAUUCACAAGGCGCGGGGGCACGCCUUAUAUCGACCCCAAAGCUUAUAAGGAGAGCAUCUUUGAGUAA